AUGUCCGGAGAUGGAAACGUAACCGUGGCAUCCAAUGUCCUGGGUACAAUCGGGACAGUGCUUUGGUGCGUCCAAUUAAUACCACAGAUAUGGUUUAACUGGCGACGCAAGAACACGGAUGGAUUUCCGCCGUUGAUGAUGUUUUUGUGGGCUUCUUGUGCUGUUCCGAUGGGGGCGUAUUUGAUUCUUCAGGAAGUGAAUAUACCGCUUCAAAUACAGCCGCAGAUAUUCGGGUUCUUUUCUCUGGUGAGCUUGGGUCAGAUUUUAUACUAUAAUCAUAUUGGUAUGAGGGUGUUGAUAUCGUCUAGUAAUUAUAGCCUUGUAAAGGUGUUAGCAGUCAUUCCAUAUAAUAAAGGUGUGACAUGGCCAGAUAUAGUGGUUGGCGUGGUUGCGACGGUUCUGUUGGCAUCGGGAUUGAUACCGCCAUAUUUCGAGCUGAGGAAAAGAGACGGACGGGUGAUUGGGAUUAAUUGGGUUUUCUUGUCCAUUGAUACGUUUGGGGGAUUGUUUUCUCUCUUUGCGUUGGCUGCACAGGGCUCGUUUGAUAUUCUAGGGGGUAUCAUGUAUAUCGUUGUGGUCGUUCUAGAGUUUGGAAUCUACGCCAGCCACAUCAUCUGGCGAAUCCGGUAUCGAAAACUGCGCAAGGAGGCCAAGGCAGCUGGAAAAACCAUUGACGAGAUGCUUGAGGAUGGAAAUGAUGCGGUGGAGGCGUCGACGAAUGAUGCUGAAAAGGGUGUUGUUACUACUCAGCCGGACGAUCUGGAGAGUCAACGGCAAAGAGACGAACGACGAUCAUCUGGGGGGAAUACCGGUUAA